CCAUCUUCAGGAAAACAAACACACUGCGAGUCAAGAAGACGAGAGAGAGAGAGAUGGAAGCGCUGGAAGUUUAGCUACAGAUCAAACCAUUAGGUUAGGCAAAACAGAGCAGGUGACCAUUCAACUGUGUGUGUAUGAGGAGACAACACCACCAGAGAAUGGUUAUGAGAGGGGUAUCGCUAUAUCUUUUGCUUGGGCAUCUCCUCAUAGUAGGCGCUGGCUCUACCUGUGUUCCUGUUGAAUGUCUGAUAUGUAACACCACAGGAAAACCUCAGGAAGAUCCUUGUGCAUUCUGCAAUCCAGAAAAGUGCAGCAAUGAUGCUUCAACUAUUCCGUCAAACUGCAAACAAGACUUUCAGGUUUCUGUCAACUGCAGUAAAUCCAAUCUUCAGGAGGGUGAUGACAUCACUCUAACAUGUGUCCAUAACCUUACCGUUUUGAUUACGAUGUUUGGGUGGAAGAGGAAUCAGGUGGACCUCCAGGAAGGCAAAAACAAAAGCAUUCUGUAUCUCAAAGAAGUCCUGUCCAAUAAAGCAGGCCUGUACACCUGCUUUGUGGAAAGCCUGUGCGGUGAUUACGUGUCUCCGCCAUGCAAUGUCAAUGUAGAGAACCAGAGUGUGUUGAUCUUGGUGAUCUGUGGUAUUUCCGCUUUGGGCCUGGUCUUGAUUAUGGGGCUGGCUAUGAAGUUCAAGCUGAAAAGAGACAACGCUAAACACAAAGAGAGGAGGAGGCAGAAGGCAGAGGCAGAGCAGAGAAGCGGUCCGGCUCCUUUCACACUAAGGGAGUCCUAAAUAAGACUCAGUCUAUCACUUUAAAGAAAAUAUGAUUACUGAUAUUGUUUCAUAAUUUGCUUUUGUAGUGUUUGAUGUAGAAAUAAAACUUAUUUAAUCUCCA